AACACGCCAUUUUAAAGUGCAGUGUCAUCAACGCGUCGUGUAACGUGAAUUAACCCGUGUAUUAAGAUUAAAUAUAUUUAUCAAAACAAACCGGUUAUUUAAAAAAUUAAACAUGUCAGGAGGAGGUUUAUUCGGAAAUACUGAUUCCCGUAGUAGUACGAAAAAUUUGGUCGAAUUUAAAGCAGGAAAAAUGACCAUGAAAAGAAAUAUAGUUUAUCCAGACCAACGCAAAGGCCAACUUUACGUUUAUCAAUCUAACGAUUCUUUAAUGCAUUUGUGUUGGAAAGAUCGUACAACUGGGAACGUUGAAGAUGAUUUAAUUAUUUUUCCUGAUGAUUGUGAAUUUAAACGUGUUCCUCAAUGUGAAACUGGAAGAGUAUAUCUUUUACGAUUCAAGUCAUCAAACAAAAAGUUUUUCUUUUGGCUCCAGGAUCUUAAAACAGACAAAGAUGAAGAAUAUUGUAGAAAAAUUAAUGAAGUUCUUAAUAAUCCACCAACUCCUGCUUCUCAAAGGAGUGGCAGUACAAACCCAGAAGGGGAUUUACAAAAUUUAUUAAGUAAUAUGUCGCAACAGCAAUUAAUGCAGCUGUUUGGUGGUGUAGGACCAAUUGAUGGAUUAGGCAGUUUGUUGGGUACAAUGAACAGACAUCAAAGUGUAUUAAAUACUAGAGCUUCUAUAAUAACUACAUCAUCUCAAGUUACUACAAAUGCUCCAAUGUCAGCACAAGUUACAUCUUCACCAUCAUCUACUAGUGAUACACCAAAACCUAAUGGUGAUAGUAAAUCAUCAACACGAACAACUGCUCCAUCAACAUCUGGAGCAACAACAACUACCAGAAAUAAAGUACUACUUAGUAAACUUCAAAAUUUUUUAUCAGGAAUUCCAACACCAACGGGAUCAGAAUCUGGUGUUCAGAGGGGCGUAGCAACUGAGCUGACCAAUGCCAUCCCUGCGGCGAUCUCAGCAACGGAAAGCUUGGAGCGAGCAAUGAGCCCGCACUUACCACCAGGGGACCACCUGUGUACAACGCUAUUGUCUCCCCAGUUCUCCCAGGCGCUAUCAAUGUUCUGGUCUGCUUUGCAGUCAGGCCAAGCGGGACCUGUCAUCCGUCAGUUUGGUUUGGGACCAGAUGCUGUCAAUGCCGCAUCCAGUGGAAACAUUGAAGAAUUCGUCAGUGCACUCGAGUCUGAAGCUAAGACUGGCCAAGAACAAACGCAGCAAGGACAGGAGGAAAAAAAGACUAAACAAGAUUCACCAGCACGUAGCCCUGAUAAGAAAGAUGAUGAUGAUGAAGGGAUGGCUUUAGAUUAAAACUAAAAUUUAACAAGCCUGAUUUCAUUUAUAUUUUUAUUUAGGAAGCAUAUAACAUGUAUUACAUUAUACUUGUUCGUGUACAAUAAAUAAUUCUAUAAGUAA